AUGAAAAGAAAUAUUGAACAUUUCGACACAUCUAAUUAUAAAGCGGAUAAUAAAUUUAAUCUCCCAGUAACUAAACCAAUAUUGAGAAAUUUCAAAGAUGAAUAUCCAAAUCAGGUUAUCAGCAUAUUUUUAGAGACAGGCGCCAAGGUCUAUUAUAUUAGAUCAGAUGAAAAAGAGACUAAAACAGCUAAGGGCGUAAAAAUAUGUGUAAUACAAAACAGCUUAAACAUGACGGAUUACCAAAAAAUUGUAGGAGGUGGGGGUAAGAUAUUUAGAAAAAUGAAUUCAUUUAGAAGUACGUUACAUGACAUAUAUACUGAAAUGAAAAACAAAGUUGUAUUAUCUUACAACGAUGAGAAAAGGUUUAUAAUACCAAACACCGUGAAAACUCUACCGUGGGGACACAGAGAUAUUCAGGAAUAUCGUAAUGGACAUCGAAAAACUGUAGCCAAAUUACGGUAUAACGUAGUCAGUAUUGUAAAAUAG